AUGGCGGCGGCGGCGGCGGCGGCGGCGGCUGCCCGUGGGGCCGGGACGAGGGCGGCGGCGGCCCUGCUGGGCGGCUGCGGGAGUGCGGCCCGGGGGUGGCCGCGCCCGGGCCCCGCACGGCCCUUGUGCGCAGCACCUGGGACGGCCCCGGACAUGAAAGGCUACCUGUGGGAGCGCUACCGGGAGGCGAAGAGGAGCAAGGACGACUUGGUUCCUUCAAUUAUGAACAACUUGUUGAAUCCAGAUGCCAUUUUCUCAAACAAUGAGAUGAGCCUGUCGGACAUUGAAAUCUAUGGCUUCGAUUAUGAUUAUACCUUGGUGUUUUAUUCAAAGCACCUCCACACACUGAUAUUUAAUGCUGCUCGGGACCUUCUCAUCAAUGAACACCGGUAUCCGGUGGAAAUCAGGAAGUAUGAGUAUGACCCAAAUUUUGCAAUUCGUGGACUUCAUUAUGAUGUGCAGCGGGCAGUAUUGAUGAAGAUUGAUGCUUUUCAUUACAUCCAGUUGGGAACCGUCUACAGAGGCCUCAGUGUUGUCCCCGAUGAAGAAGUCAUUGAAAUGUAUGAGGGGUCCCACGUGCCCCUAGAACAGAUGAGUGACUUUUAUGGAAAGAGUUCUCAUGGAAACACCAUGAAGCAGUUCAUGGACAUCUUCUCCCUGCCGGAGAUGUCCCUCCUCUCCUGCGUGAAUGAAUACUUCCUUAAGAACAACAUCGACUAUGAGCCUGUCCAUCUGUACAAAGACGUCAAGGAUUCAAUUCGAGACGUGCACAUCAAAGGAAUCAUGUACAGCGCGAUCGAAGCAGAUAUUGAAAAGUACAUCUGCUAUGCUGAGCAGACCCGUGCAGUGCUGGCCAAACUGGCUGAUCAUGGCAAGAAGAUGUUCCUCAUCACCAACAGCCCCAGCAGUUUCGUGGACAAAGGGAUGAAGUAUAUUGUCGGAAAAGACUGGAGGGACCUGUUUGAUGUGGUCAUCGUUCAGGCCGAGAAGCCAAACUUCUUUAACGAUAAGCGGAGACCUUUCCGCAAGGUGAACGAGAAAGGUGUCUUGCUCUGGGACAAGAUCCACAAGUUGCAGAAAGGCCAGAUUUAUAAGCAGGGCAAUUUAUAUGAAUUUUUGAAGCUUACUGGAUGGAGAGGAUCCAAAGUGUUGUAUUUUGGUGACCACAUAUACAGUGACCUGGCGGAUUUGACCCUGAAGCAUGGCUGGCGGACUGGUGCGAUUAUCCCGGAGCUGAGAUCCGAGCUCAGGAUCAUGAACACGGAGCGGUACAUUCAAACCAUGACCUGGCUUCAGACCCUGACCGGGUUAUUGGAGCAGAUGCAGGUUCACAGAGAUGCCGAGUCCCAGCUGGUUCUGCAGGAGUGGAAAAAGGAAAGAAAGGAGAUGAGAGAAAUGACCAAAAAUUUCUUCAACACCCAGUUUGGAAGCUUGUUCCGCACAGACCAGAACCCGACCUACUUCCUGAGGCGCCUGUCGCGCUUUGCUGACAUCUACAUGGCGUCUCUGAGCUGCCUCUUGAACUACGAUGUCAGCCACACGUUCUACCCACGGAGGACUCCGCUGCAGCACGAACUUCCCGCCUGGUCGGACAGGGCCCCCACCUUCAGACUCCCCCUCCUGCAAGAGGCCCACGCCAAGUAACCAGGUGCCCACCUGCGGAAAAAGCCAGAAGCAGGGACAACCCCCAACUGGCUGGACGUGAUGGGGUUGACUUGUGUGCAAAUGAGUGUUGCUUUUGGAAAAGAUACAAAUACGCCUUUUGGUAUUUA